AUGUCUGGAAAAAUAACUUUAGCUGUUCAUGAUGAACUUCAUAAUCAAUAUGCUGAAGGUAUCAAAUAUGAUUUAUGGCGUAUUGAUAAUAAUACAAAUCGUAUUCAUGUUAAAAAUGAUACAUUUACAAAGAAUAAUUCAAAUGUAUUAUUACAUGCACAUACAAAUGAAGAACUCGGUUCAUUUGAAGUUAUACUUUAUAUUAAAGAUUAUUUUGAUAAAUUUAAUGAAAAUAUUCAUGUCCAAAAUAGUCGAAUAACUGUUCCAUUUGGUAUGAAUGAACUUGAUAAAGAUUAUGAAUUAAAUAUUUUUAUUACACCAACAAGUUAUACAUGUACUCUCUAG